UUUGAAAGUGAACCAACGGCUCCAGUCGCAGCUUCAGCCCCCAAACAACAACAACAAGAGCCCGAAGCCCGAGACCCGGUCCCAGUCUGCUGCACCUGUAGCCGGCCCUCCUGACGAGCGCCAGGAUGAUGCGUAAAGACGUGAACAAGCCGAAGGGGAAGACGUCCGCGUACGCCUUCUUCGUCCAGACGUGUCGAGAGGAACAUCGGAAGAAGAACCCCGAGCAGUCGGUCAACUUUGCCGAGUUCUCCAAGAAGUGCUCCGAGAGAUGGAAGGCUCUGUCUCCCAGCGAUAAGAAGUGCUUCGAGGACAUGGCCAAGGCCGACAAGGUGCGUUACAACCGUGAGAUGAGAGACUACGUCCCCCCAAAAGGUUUCGGAAGGAAGGGCCGCAAGAGGAAAGACCCCAACGCCCCCAAGAGACCCCCGUCUGCGUUCUUCGUGUUCUGCAGUGAGUACCGUCCCAGUGUGAAGCAGCAGUGUCCUGGCAUUUCUAUAGGGGACUGUGCUAAGAAACUGGGAGAGAUGUGGAGCAAACUGUCCCAGUCCGAGAAGCAGCCGUACGAGGAGAAGGCCCAGAAACUACGAGAGAAAUACGACCAGGAGAUGGUGGCGUACCGCGGCGGCGCAACGUAUGCCAGGAACCCCGGUUCUUCAGCUCAGGGCGGAGAGGAGGAGGAGGACGACGAGGGCGAGGACGAGGACGAGGACGAGGAGGACGACGAGUAGAGACGGCGAGCUGACAGACUGAGACUGAGAGAGGCAGGUAGGUGUGUGUGUUUCAGAGCAGCUGAUUGGACAGCAGGCCGGAGGCGGGGCUUCACCACGUGACAUCCUGG